CCACUCCCUUCCCCCACUCUCCACAAACCCUAAAAAAAUCCAAUCAAUCAAAUCAAUAUAUAUACACACAUACAGACCUACAGAUACAAAAACUAGUUAGUUAGUUUUAGUUAGUUAUGUCUGUUACAAACGCAUACUGGUCAUCAUCAACUAUCUCUCAAAUCAGACCUCCUUCUUCACUACCAUCGUCAUCAUCCACGUCAUCAUCAUCAUCUUCUUCCAUUUUUAUAAAUAAAAAAUCAUUUAAUUUGAAAUUCAAUGUUUCCGGUAAUAAUUUUAUCAAAUCUUCUCCACCGGCUAAUUCCGGUUGCCGGUGUAGUAAUGGAAGCAGUUCCGAACAUGCCACGUCAUCUGAUUGGGAUUGGAAUAGAUGGACACGUCAUUUCACUCAAGUCGAACUCGCCGAACGCUCCGUUUCGCUUCUUCAGUUUCAACUAGAAGAAGCAAUAGAAAAAGAAGAUUUCCAUGAAGCUUCAAAGUUAAAAGCUGCUAUAGCAGAAGCAACAUCAAAGGAUAGUGUUGCUGAGAUUAUGUCUGCGUUGAAGAAUGCAAUACAUGAAGAGCGUUAUAAUGACGCUUCGAAAUUGUGUAAAGAUACAGGAAGCGGGCUGGUUGGUUGGUGGGUGGGCUACUCAAAAGAUUCUGAUGAUCCGUUCGGAAGACUUAUUCGAAUAACACCGGGUGUAGGCAGAUUUAUUGGCAAAAGUUAUAACCCGAGACAAUUGGUGUCCGCAUCUCCAGGAACUCCGUUAUUUGAAAUAUUUGUGGUUAAGGAGGAUGAUGAAACAUACACUAUGCAGGUAGUGUUCAUGCAACGAGCUAAAGCAAGUAAUUCAAAAACAACCUCUCCAUCCAAUGUUUCAUCCACAAAAGGGACAUCGAUGCCUGAUAUCGAGAAUGCUUCUGUAAUUGAUGUGAAAGUUAAUGAAGAUAAACCUGGUAAAAGUGAUAGAAAAAGCAUAAAUUUUGAAGGGGCCACUGAGGACGGGAUAAGAAGCGUGAUAAAUUUUCUUAAAGACAAAAUUCCUGAACUAAAAAUAAAAGAUUUGAAGGUUAUGAAAGUCGACGUUGAAGAAGUUAUGGAGGAUAAUGAUACUGUGAAUCAAUUAGCUCAAGAAGAUGACGAUAAAUCAACUUCAGAUGAAGACUCUGAAGACGAAAAUACUGAUCUUGAUGACCCAGAACCUGACCGGAUUGUUGUAGGAGCAAACAGUGAUGAAACAGAAGGGAAAAAUUUAGAAAUGAAGCUUUUUGUUGGUGGCAUCUUACAUAAUAGAGAUGAUACUCCCUCAAAAGAUGAAUUUGUGCGUGUUCCUGCUGAAAUAGAAGAAAUGGAAAAAGAUUCUUUUGUCCUUCAUGUUCCUGUUAGAACUCAUGAUCAUGACGGUGAGGAAAGCGGUGUAUCUAAGGUCAAGAUAGCUGCCAUUGCCAAUCAAGGCAUUUCUGAAUUGAUGCCUCCUGAUGUGGCCAAGGCAUUAUGGAAUUCGGAUAAAGUUUCUAGAAAGGUCUCGAGGGAUGUUCGUGAAAUUGUCAAGUUUGCAGUUAGUCAGGCAAAGAAGCGGGAGAAAUUGUCCGAGUACACAAAUUUUUGUCGGAUCACCACAUCUAGGGGUGAUUUAGAUCCGUUUGAUGGUCUUUAUGUUGGUGCUUUUGGCCCAUAUGGUACUGAGGUGGUACAGUUGAAGCGUAAAUAUGGCAACUGGGGUGGUGGGAAUGAUGUUGAGUUUUUUGAGUAUGUUGAAGCUGUAAAAGUGACUGGUGAUUUGAAUGUUCCUGCUGGCCAGGUGACAUUCCGUGCUAAAAUUGCAAAAGGAGGCCAUUUUUCGAACCGUGGAAUGUAUCCAGAUGAAUUAGGAGUGGUUGCAAGUUACAAAGGUCAAGGUAGGAUUGCUGAAUUUGGUUUUAAAAAUCCGAAGUGGGUGGAAGGAGAACUUCUCCAACUUAAUGGCAAGGGCAUGGGACCAUACGUCAAAGGUGCUGACCUUGGUUUUCUCUAUGUUGUCCCUGAGCAAAGUUUUCUCGUGCUAUUUAACCGUUUGAGACUACCAGAAUAAGCAUCUGAACCAUGCUACAAGAUUUUGAUGAGAUCUCUUUGUUUCUCAAAGGGGUAUCCUACCCUUGCCUCUACGUCCCCAACAAUGUUGUAACUAUUAAAAUCGCCUUUUUUUUUCUACUUGUCAUAAAUGUUAGCAGUAUUAUCUACAAAUAUAUAUAUGUUUUUAUAGAGAAUAUAUGUGUUGCCCUUAUAAUGAUUACUUAAGCUACAUACGGAAUAGAUUUUUUGUUCAA